UCAGCUCUUCUCUGCAGCAGGACCUUACAUGUUCCUCAGUCCAGCGCUGUACAGUCUUCCCGCGCCGGCAUCUGUCACAUCCAGUCUCUGGUCAUCCCCUGUAUUGUCUGCAGUCUCUUGAUCAUCCCCUGUACUGUCUGCAGUCUAUUGAUCAUCCCCUGUACUGUCUGCAGUCUCUGGUCAUCCCCUGUACUGUCUGCAGUCUCUGGUCAUCUCCUGUACUGUCUGCAGUCUCUGGUCAUCUCCUGUACUGUCUGCAGUCUCUGGUCAUCUCCUGUACUGUCUGCAGUCUCUGUCAUCUCCUGUACUGUGUCUGCAGUCUCUGGUCAUCUCCUGUACUAUGUGCAGUCUCUGGUCAUCUCCUGUACUGUGUCCUGCAGUCUCUGGUCAUCUCCUGUACUGUGUGUCUCUGGUCAUCUCCUGUACUGUGUCUGCAGUCUCUGGUCAUCUCCUGUACUGUGUCUGCAGUCUCUGGUCCUGUACUGUGUCCGCAGUCUCUGGUCAUCUCCUGUACUGUGUCCUGCAGUCUCUGGUCAUCUCCUG